GCUUAAAGCCUCAGGGACAGAGCCGCGGUCAGAAACCACCCAGGCUGCCGGUUUAUCAGGAGAAAACUCGGGAUUUAUUCACGUUUUCUGGACUAUAACUGACUUUAACCACACUUUACUUUUGUUUUUUUUUGGAACAAGAAGUUUUCAAAGACUUAACAUUCCUUCAUCUCGGACCAGCCGAGGACAACGGUCGUUUAUGUCGUCCCUUCAGCAGCAGCAGCAGCAGAGAGGCCAGCAGCUGCCCACCGAGCCCAGGGAAAGAGCCUGAUCCUGGGCUGAGAGAGAGCCAGCUAAUGCCCCUUGGUCCAGGCCACCGUCUCACAAACUCAGCUGGAACAUGCUAUAACCAGCUGACUGCCAAUCAAAAUGAUGGCCUCGGUGGUUGCUGGGGGCCACCGGAAGAAGUCUCUCACGCUGAGAGGGGUGGACCCGGAGACCUGUAUGAUUGUGUUCAAGAACCACUGGGCACAGGUAGUAAAGAUCCUGGAAAAACACGAGCCGGGACGUAGCGGCACCAGUGCGUUGAGUUUCCUCUCCGGUCACGCCUCCGGAGCAUUACGCUUCGGCCCCAUCCCGGCCGACGAGGCCAGCGCCGUCCAGAACUACGUGGAACACAUGCUCUUCCUGCUGAUGGAGGAAGAGAUGGGGCAAGGAGGAGCGAUGGGACCCAUCCUGGAGUUUGUGGUUGUGGAGGGUGUGAUGGAGAGGCUGUUUCUGUGGAGUCUGAGGAGACAGUUCACUGAGGACAUGAAGCUGGAGCAGCUCAGGAUGUACCAGAUGCUUCUAUCUCAGGCCAGACAGCCUCUGCUGCACCACAAACCCGUUCUACGGCCGCUCAUGAUGCUGCUGGCCUCCUGUGCUGGAGCCGGAGGUGGAACUGACAGCGGCAGCGGUGUGGUGGAGGUAGAGCUGGUCCUCCUGUUGAACCAGCUGUGUGUCGCUCUGGUCAAAGAUCCCUCAGUGCUGGAACUAUUCUUCCACACAAGUGAGGACCAGGGAGCCGCCAACUUCCUGCUCUUCUCCCUGCUCAUACCAUACACACACAGACAGGGUUCGGUUGGUCAGCAGGCCAGAGACGCUCUGCUGCUCAUCAUGUCUCUGUCAGCCUCCGACCCUCGAGUCGCCCAGCACAUCGCCCAGAACACAUUCUUCUGUCCUGUGCUGGCCACAGGUCUGUCUGGUUUGUACUCGUCUCUUCCAGCCAGGCUGCAGGUUUACAGUGAAGACUGGCACUGUCUGGACCAGGCCGACUGGCAGCAGGUUCCAGCGCUCGUCCACUUCCUGCACUCGCUGGACUUCUGUAGUGCCGUUACAAAGGUCGCUCAUCCCUCCAUCCGGUCUCAGUUGCUGAGUUACAUCUACAACGGCUUCCUGGUGCCUGUGCUGGCUCCUGCUCUGCACAAGCUGACGGUGGAGGAGGUGAUGACCACCACGGCGUACCUGGAUCUGUUCCUGCGCUCCAUCUCUGAGCCCGCCCUCCUCCAGAGCUUCCUGUCCUUCGUCCUGCUGCACACACACGACAACGUGCACAUCCUGGACACACUGGUCAGCAGAGUCAACACACCUUUCCAGCUGGGUACGGUGUCGCUGGCUCUGUUCAGGACUCUGAUUGGUUUCUUCUGUGAAGACGUCAUGCUGCAGCUGGUGUUCAGGUAUCUGAUUCCCUGCAGCCACCUGAGCAGGAAGCAGCGCUCCUCCUUAAAGCAGACGGAUUACUCCUCCAGCGCCGCCUCGUUUCUGCUCCUCUUGCCCUCCUGGUGCCCUGGGAACCUCCACAAGAUGAACGCAGACCUACACUCAGAGCACAUCCAUUGGCCCAAAGGAGCAGAUCUGUCCGUAUCAGACAGUGUCGGGUACUGCCGUGGUUCAGACUUUCUGAUGGAUGUAAACUACCUCCACUACCUCUGGGACGCCCAACAGGCCAUCUCCAUUUCCCACAGGGCAUGCCGGCUCUGGUCGUCUCCGUAUGACGGGAUCAACCCUCUGCCUCAAGAAAACCGAUCGGACACACCCGGGGAUGACAUAGAAGAUGAGGAAGAGAUCGUACAGCGAGUCGAGAGUGACUCCAUCUGCUCUUUGGUCAUCACUCCUCCCCCCUCAGCGCUCUCCCCGACACCCUCGUCCUCAGAUACCGUUUCCACCGGCAAUCAGGCUGGGCGAGCUGGCUCUGCCCUGGAGCUGGAAUGGGACGACAUUUUUGCAGAUGACGAUCCCUCUUUAUCAGCAUUUACAAACACAGCAGUAGCAAACGGGGGCGUGGCGAUGGAGGGCGACAGAUGCACUGCGACACCUCUACCUCCCCAACACAUCCAGGAAAUGCAACGCACUGCGACCAAGCUGGUGCACGGCUCGUACGUGGAGGAAUCCGAGUUUGAGGACGACGUUCUGGUCUACGAUCUAGUCGCCCAGAGAGAGACAAAGGCGGCCAUUUUGGAGCGUAUCAUGGCAGCAAAUCGACGGGCACGUGGAAGCAUCUCAAACAGCCAACGGAUGUCAACAGCAGCAACGACAACAACUUUAACAUCAAUUCUAACGACAACCGGAAGGACGGUGAUGGAAACGGUUAACAGUAUAAUGUCGACAAGAAGGAUGAGCGAGGAUGGAGGGAAAGAGGAAAGAAGGAGAGAGGAUUAUGUGAAGGAGGUGAGGAGGAGGAGUGAGGACUUUGGGAGAAGGAAGGAGGAAGAUGAGAUAAAGAGGAUUGAUGCGCAAGGAGAUCGUCAGUUUUUCACGAACGGUUUUAACGCUAAGAAUUACAUCAUCGGCGAAUGUGAUGAUUCCGAUGAAGACGGCGAUCUGUUUAACCAAAACUGCAACCUGAGUGACUUCACAAAUACUGUAAAUCACACACUGCACGAACACAACACACAUCCCACGCCAUGUUUAGUGACUUUACCCAAUGUCCACUCGGAAUCUGAGCCAUCUUUGAGUCACCCUUCGGUGGAUGACGCAAAGUCUCCCAAUCUGCCAGUUAACAGAGUCGCCAAUAACGAUGACUUCCUGUCCCGAUACCACGAGCUCAUGCUCUCUUUAGGGGUGGAGCCAGACUGUGACGACAUCACAAGCGACAUCGGCACAUUCAGGAGGCGGGUCCGAGCGCUGAGGCAAAGACUGGAAGAGGAGGAGGAAUUCGCUUUUAGCUCCUCGUGGGAAGACGGAGAGGAGGAAGAAGAAGAUGAGGCGAUGGACGAGGUAGAAGAGGAGGAAGAGGAAGGAGAGGAGAGAACGAGCAGCAGUAAGAAAGGCAGCAGGCACGCAGUUCCCUUUACAGGUCCGUUCAUCAGCGUCCUGUUGUCCCGGCUUGAGAACCUCCUGGAAAACUCCAUCGCUGUGAACCUGCUGGUGACGGGCAUCCUGGCCCAGCUGGUGUCGUACCCGCAACCUCUUCUGAAAUCCUUCCUGCUCAGCACGGACACACACAACCAGCCCAACAUACGCACACUGUAUCAGGUGUUGGUGUCGGUCCAUGCUCAGAUUGAGCGCUACGUGGCCGCCAGACCAGACUAUCCUGGCCUGGUCACUCAGGCCUGGAGGUUCUUGUUGGCUAAAGACCAAGACAGCAAGUUUAGAGAGUGCCUCCAGUCUCAGGGCCGCGACAUCAUCCUGGACCCAGCUCUUUCAAAUGGCUCCAUGAGGAAUGCUCUGGCUUUGCCUCCUCUUGCCGUCCUGCCGCCGUGCCCUCACAUCCCCCCUCAUGCCAAGAGCCGAGUGUUCGCCAUCGUCCUGUUCGCCGAGUUCCUGAAAGAGCUGGCCGCCAUCGCCCAGGAGCACAGCAUCGCACUGGAUUGUUCUACAGAGGAUUAAUGGGAGUGGCUUUAACUGUCUGUCCAGCUGUAAAUAUCUGCCUGAGAAAUCGCCAUUAUUGUGCCCGUGAGCAAGUAGUGAUGAAAACAUAUCAAAGGAGUCUCCAGCGGGAGAUGGAGGGCUUGUAAUGAAAAAAUAAGCACAAAACAUGCAACACAAAUGAUAUUACACGUGUGAAAAACUUAUGCGGACCAGUGCAGUGCCGUUAAAAAACGUGCCUGUUGGGAACGGGCUGAUUGCUGCUUGCAGCUUUCUCGAGAACCGCUUAUCCAAAAUAACUUUACCCUCAACAUUGCGCUUCCUUGGGUCCUGAGCAAUAAACCUGCCAUGACAUAGUUGUAUAUCUUAGCAACGCUAGAGUAUCUGCAACCGUUGCUAACAGCUAGCUAUUUGGGGUCAGGCUGUUUCUAGGAACAAAAGCGUUAAAAAAAGUAAUUACCCCUUGCAAGAUUAAUAAAGUCUGUCUUCUACUUUAUUCCGAAAGUUAGAUUGCUGAUUA